AUGGCUGGAGUCUAUAUGCAGCGGCAGCUGAAUCUACUGGAGCCCUGGCUGAGGAAAUGGAGAAUAAAAGUCAACGCUGACAAGUGUGAAAGCCAUCAACUUCACGAGAAGUCCGAGGCAAGCGGACGGCCGACAUCUGUCCCUCAACGAGUGUGCACCCUAGCGAGGAAGGGCUUUGCCAGCAUCGGCCCUCUGCUCUACUCCAAGAAGCUUCCCGUCAAGACAAAGGUCCUGCUCUACACGGCCCCUGGUGCGACCGGUGAUUACCUACGCGGCUCCUGCGUGGUACCACCUCACCUUCCAGAGUACCUGUCUUCGGAGAGCCACCGAGUCGCCCUGGUUCAUCAGGAACACCGUGGUCAGAGCAUCGUCUCAAACAUCUCUACGAUCAGGACCUUUGUGGAUGGCCUGACUUCAUCCCUCGAAGAAGCUGCAGAAUCCUCGCCCUGGGAGCACAUUCGACAACUACAGGCCCAGGAAGUCCCCCGUCUACGUCCUCCAAUGGAUGACUGA